CUCUCUUGAGCUGCUGCAGGAUAAAACACAGCAGCAAUGAUCGCAUUACAUAGCCAGUGAUUACAAUGCAGUAGGCUCAGCAAGAAAUGCACCGAUGGCUUACAAAUCAUUGAUCUGCUGUCAACUCCUUCCUCCUGGGCUAAAGCAUGUGUCACCUCUGCUGCAGUAGCUAGCAAGCUAGUACUUUUGGACUCCUGCCAAAACUGGCCCUAAAUGCAGUACUUUGAAAGCAUUUCAGCUAAUGCUUCUAAAAAAAAAAAAACAUUUUCUCCCCAAUUAACAAUAUUUUUCCAUUUCCUCCAUGAACACGAGAAAAAAAAAAUUGAAGCGUGCUUUAAAUUGGAGCUUGAAGAACAUGUAGCUUAUUUGUGACAGAGAAACAGACAGAGAUAAACGAGAAGACUUCCGAUAAAGCUUGAAAACUAGGGAUGAAAAUGUCAUCGGUGGAGAGUAACAUCAGUCAAGAUGAAGAUGACAGCCUAACUGGAUCUAGCAUUCGAAUUCAGCCUAAGAGAAUAUCAGACGUGGUUUCCAACCUAAAACACACAAACAAGAUCAGGCGCAAAAAGAGACUCAAUUUUUCUCCCUCCAUUGAUGAAAAGGAAAACAUUUCCUCUUGGAUUUCAGAAAACAUAAAAAAAAAAGAAUGUAUGUAUUUUGUGGAAAGUUCAAAUAUAUCAGAUACAAGGAAGAGUCUUUGUAUGUGUGGAUACCCUAAGGACCAACACAUGGAUGUAGCUAUGAGACGGCUGCCAUUUCAAUGCAAGGCAAAGUGGGACAUAAAAGAACAUACCAAAGAGAUGCCUACUGACGCAUUUGGAGAUAUCAGCUUCAUUGGGCUGGGCCCAAGAGUAGGAAAGCAGUAUGUCCGAGUAUCAUCAGAUACUCCAUCCCAUGUCCUCUACCAACUGAUGACUGAGCACUGGGGUCUGGAAGUCCCCAACCUUUUGAUUUCGGUAACAGGAGGUGCCAAGAACUUUCGCAUGAAGAUGAGAUUGAGAAACAUUUUCCGCAGAGGCCUAGUGAAAGUUGCUCAAACAACAGGAGCCUGGAUUAUAACUGGGGGCUCUCACGCUGGUGUUAUGAAACAAGUUGGUGAAGCCGUAAGAGACUUCUGCAUAGGAAGCAAUGGCAAGGAAAAUGACAUUGUCACGAUUGGAAUUGCUACUUGGGGAAUCGUUCACAAUCGUAACAGCUUGAUCUCUACCACAGGCUCGUUUCCAGCUGAGUAUCAAUUGGAUGAAGAGAACCAAGGAAACCUGUCUUGUCUGGAUAAUAAUCAUUCACACUUUAUUCUUGUGGAUGAUGGAACGAAUGGAAGAUAUGGAGUGGAAAUCCUACUGAGGGCAAAACUGGAAAAGUUCAUAUCGGAGCAAACCAAAGAGAAAGGAGGAGUAGCGAUCAAGAUUCCGAUUGUUUGUGUUGUACUGGAAGGAGGUCCUGGCACGCUUGAUACAAUCUACAAUGCAAUUUGUAAUAACACUCCCUGUGUAAUAGUGGAAGGAUCAGGGCGAGUGGCUGAUGUAAUUGCCCAAGUUGCUCAACUACCUGUCUCAAAAAUCACAAUCUCGCUUGUUCAAGAGAAGCUCCGCACUCUAUUCCAUGAUACAUUUGACACUUUUACAGAACACAAAAUUGUUGAGUGGACUAAAAAGAUCCAGGACAUCAUGAGACACAGUCAGUUACUAACCAUUUUUCAGGAAGACAAAGAUGAUCAGCAUGACAUUGAUGUGGCUAUCCUUCAAGCCCUGCUAAAGGCUUCUCUAAGCCAUGACCAGCAAGGCCAUGAGAACUGGGAUCACCAACUCAAGCUGGCAGUGGCAUGGAACAGGGUUGACAUUGCUAGAAGUGAGAUUUUUACAGAUGAACAUCAAUGGAAGCCCUCGGAUCUUCACCCAGUUAUGACGGCGGCAUUGAUUGGCAAUAAACCUGACUUUGUAAAGCUUUUUCUGGAGCAUGGAGUGCGUCUAGAUGAAUACGCCACUCAAGAUACGCUGAUUAACCUGUACAACAAUACAGACCCAUCUUGCUUAUUUCAUAGCAAGCUUGCCAAAGUUAUUGAAGAUGAAAGGUUUCGAUUACAGACUUCAAAGAAUUCAAAGCUCGGCUUGCACCACGUGUCACAGGUCUUGAGAGAACUGCUGGGUGACUUCACCAAGCAUCUGUAUCCCAAGCCAAAGAAUGCCGAAAGGCCUCGUUUAUCGAUUGCGGUACCACAUAUAAAAAUAAAUGUGCAAGGAGUUACACUCCGAUCUUUCCACAAGCGUUCUCAAGGUAGAGGAUCUUGUACAAUGGAUCCGGUCAGAGAUCUUUUUAUUUGGGCUAUCGUGCAGAACCGGAAGGAACUAGCUGAAAUUAUAUGGUUUCAGGGUUAUGACUGCAUAGCAGCAGCACUGGGAUCCAGUAAGAUUCUAAAAGAACUUUCAAAAGAAGAGGAAGAUACUGACACAUCUGAAGAAAUGUUGUCCCUUGCCGACGAAUAUGAACAAAAAGCCAUAGGGGUGUUCACCGAGUGUUACAGAAAAGAUGAAGAGCGUGCACUUAAACUUCUAAUUCGUGUUUCUGAAGCUUGGGGGAAAACUACUUGUUUAAAAUUAGCCUUGGAAGCAAAAGAUAUGAAAUUUGUAUCUCAUGGAGGAGUACAGGCAUUUCUCACCAGAGUUUGGUUUGGAGAGCUGUGUGUCGAUAAUGGGCUGUGGAGAGUGGUACUUUGUAUGCUAUUCUUCCCUCUUCUCUAUACCCGUCUAAUAACUUUCAGGUAAAAAACCACUCCUUGUGUGACGAAGAAGAAAAAAUCUAUGACUUUCACCGAGCGUUUCCAAGCUUUCUUCAUGGCCCCAAUCGUUAUAUUCCACUUGAACAUCUUGUCGUACUUUGGCUUCCUCUUGCUUUUUGCAUAUGUUCUUAUGAUUGAUUUCCAACCAACUCCAUCUUGGAGGGAACAUGUAAUUUACUUCUGGUUGUUUUCCCUUGUCUGUGAGGAAAUAAGACAGCUGAUUUAUGACCCUGAUGGAUUUGGACUUUUGAGACAGGCUUCACUGUACAUCACUGACUUUUGGAAUAAAUUAGAUGUCUGUGCCAUUCUAAUCUUUGUUGCUGGUUUAACGUGCAGGUUAUUUUCAGCAACAUUUUACCCAGGGAGGAUCAUUCUAUCACUUGACUUUGUUAUUUUUUGCUUACGGCUCAUGCAUAUUUUUACAAUCAGCAAAACCCUUGGACCAAAAAUCAUUAUUGUUAAGAGAAUGAUGAAGGAUGUUUUCUUUUUUCUCUUCCUCUUGGCUGUGUGGGUUGUAUCAUUUGGAGUUGCUAAGCAAGCUAUUUUGAUUCACAAUGAGAUCAGAGUGGAUUGGAUAUUCCGUGGAGUUGUUUACCAUUCCUAUAUGACGCUAUUCGGACAGAUUCCAUCCUACAUUGAUGGUGUGAAUUUCAGCCUUGAUCAGUGUACGGUAAAUGGAACUGACCCCAAUAAGCAGAAGUGUCCCGAAUCAAACAAAGAAAACCAUCUGCCGGUCUUUCCUCAAUGGUUGACUGUGCUUCUACUAUGUCUGUAUCUGCUGUUCACUAACAUUCUACUGCUAAAUCUUUUGAUUGCCAUGUUUAAUUACACCUUUCAACAGGUUCAGGAACACACUGACCAGAUAUGGAAAUUUCAGAGACACGAUUUAAUUGAAGAAUAUCAUGGACGACCUCCAGCACCCCCACCCUUAAUUAUUUUUAACCAUCUCCAUCAGUUCAUCAAACAAGUCAUUCUGCAUCAACCAGCCGGGAGACAAAAGCAACUCAAAGAAAAGCUGGAAAAAAAUGAAGAGGCUGCUCUUCUGUCCUGGGAAACAUAUUUAAAAGAAAACUAUGUGCAACAACUCCAGUCCCAACUCAAGCAAUGCACAGAACAGAAGAUUAGAGAUACAGCUGAAAAAAUAAAUUCAGUGAUGGAUUUGUUGGAGUUGGAUCAAGUUAAACGUACAGGGUCUAUGGAACACCGUUUUGUUUUCUUGGAAGAACAGGCAUUAAGGUCUGCUAAGGCCUUGAACUGGAUCAUCAAUACACUCUUGGAUAAUGGAUUUGGGUCCAAAGAUUCUGCUCCUGUCAUUGUAUCUAAAAGGUUAAUUGGAGACAUUGAUUUAAGAGAUCAGGCAGAGCCUUCUACCACCCAUUACCAUGUCAAUGCCAGAAACAUUCGUUAUCCAGACUCUAAUGUCAUUCGCUUUCCUGUCCCUGAUGAGAAAGUGCCUUGGGAGGUGGAAUUUAAAAUUUAUAACCCUCCGUUUUACACUUCUGUUAGAAAAGAUAAACAAUCCCACGACCCAUACACAGACUCCCUUGAGUCACUUUUAAAGAUCCAAUAUAACACCAUGGAUGGGAGCAUUAAUCGCCAAAGCUUUUGUGCUACAUAUGCGGUAGAAAAUGGACUGCCUUUAAAUCCAAUUGGAAGGACUGGAUUGAGAGGAAGAGGGAGCUUGUGUUGGUUUGGACCAAACCAUGCAAUGCAUCCUAUAAUAACACAGUGGAGGAGGAACAAAGAUGGCUCAAUUGGAAGAAAAAGAUCAAAGAAAAUGCUAGAAAUCCUUGCUAUCAAACACAGCUCCUCGGAGCACUGGGCUCUUCCUGGUGGCUCACUGGAACCUGGAGAAUCGCUUCCCCGCAAAUUGAAGAGAAUCUUAAAGAAUGAUUUUUUAGAAAAGUUUCAAGGUUUAUUGAAAAGAAGUACUGAAGUGUACAAAGGAUAUGUGGAUGAUCCUAGAAAUACAGACAAUGCUUGGAUAGAAACUACUGCAGUGAGCUUGCACUUUGAUAGUCAGGAUGACCCAGAGCUGCAACAAUUAAAUCUUAAUAUACAGGGAAAUGAUCCGGAAAUAUCUAUUCGAUGGCAAGUUGUAGACCAGAAGAUACCUCUAUAUGCAAACCAUAAGGAAAUCCUCCAAAAAGCAGUAGAUAAUUAUCACGCAUAUUAUUAGUAUAAUGGUGGUAUCAGUAUUAAUAUCUAGUAUUAAUCUUUUGACUGUGGAAAAAUGAUCAAAAGAUAUCAUGUUAUCAUAUUAGCACAAUGUGGGUUUUAUGGGCACAUUCAGUAUCUAGAUACUGAUUCUACUUCAUGGCUUUCAUGUUCUCGUAUGUUUAGUCAACAUAAAAAAAACUUUGUGGCAAUCUGUAUUGCAAAAAUCUGUAUAAUUAUCUAUGAACACAUAAUAACAAAUGUAUUUACUUAAAAACAAUUCAUGCGUUUGCAAUGGCAGAAGGUAUUUUUUAAAGCACUCAGCUACCACAUGCAUUAAAAUGUACAUGUAAUGGCAGGAAUCUAUUUUGG